CGCCUCAUCAUUAAGCACUUCGGUUCCUCCGCGGCCCCGACACACGUGAUUUACCGUCGCAUGCCUGGCUAUCUCAUGUCUAAGAAAUGAGCGCCUCCUACUCCUCUAUGUAUACUUUCUUAUCCCUUUAUGCCGUCGAUUCGCAUGACAGCGGCAGUUCUAUCUGUACUCUUGCACCACGAGGCAGAGAUUUAGAAGUCUGCGAGAGCUGGGAGAAAAGAAGUAAUGGAAAAGAGUAGGUUGUGAAGUGAAGGAAGUGGUGGCGAAGGGUACAAGGUCUGUGCUGGAUUUAAGGAGACUGGUUACUAGACUUUCUAAUACAGGGAGGUGCAGGGAAGUAUCCUUGUACUUAUGAACUGACGCUCCCAUUUCCACUGGGUUUAGCAACAUCUGCCCACAACUCAACACUGCCGGGAUGAGGGUGACUGUGUUUGUGAUGGUGGUGGUGGUGAGGGAAGUGGUGGAAAAUGGGGCCCAAGAAACUUAUCCAGAAGUCCCGGAAACUCAACACCCAGACAAGAUGAUAGUCAGAAGAGGCUGGGCUGUCCCAUCGAAUACCAAUGACAAGACUAGUGCUAUCCUCUCCAGUGCAUGUUCCUGCCAAUCCCGCUGCCUGGUGCAUCCGUCGUGCGCCGCCUGGGCUGCAGUUCCCAGUGGAGACUCAGUGACCUGCACCACCACCACCGCCGCCCCGGACACCAUGACGCUGGAGGGAAACCCGGACAGUGUGUACGGCUUCAAGAUUGGCAAACUUGACAGUCGCAUCGGGGUUCUGGAGGACAUAGACAGCACGGUAUACUUCAGUCCAACCAACGAUAUGAGGUUCCAGGAAGGCAAGGACCAUUGCGCAAGAAUUCCAGGGUUUAAUCUCAUCAUGCUGAAGACUGAACGCCACUUCUCUCUAAUGCCUUUCUUCAGUAAGAAUGUCAAGCAAGGCUUCAUCAACCUGCAGAAGACAGACUCAGGACGCCUUCAGUGGGGCGACGGUUCCUUCAUGACUGAUGAGGAAAUUGAGAAGCAUGUUGUAAAAUCCACUUCAACUCCCCUUUACCAAGUCCAUGAAGGGAUGAUUAGGGAGUUUAGCAAUGAGAAUGACACGCGUCCCUUCCUGUGUCAGGGCAGGAUCCUCGGCACCUGGUGAGGCGAAGGCACACACACAGACAAGCAGACUGGUAAGACACAUGCAGGUCAUACAGACAGAUGGCAGACUGACGGAAGCACAAGCAAAUGACAGACAGACAGACCAAACGACAGACACAUGGACAAACUGCUAAAGACACAAGAAUAAUACCAGACAGACAAACAGACUUUCAGAUACACAGAUGGACACCAAAUAUAAAUAAAUAAAUAAAUAAAUAAUAAUGAGAGCAGAAUGGAAUCUUUAAAAAGAGAGAGCUCUAAAAUGUUGAAUGAAUAAAUAACAUAUGGAAGCGCCCGAUUUUACCCGCCCAGAGACAAGCAGACAAAGAAGUUCGUACUUAGGUUUGUUCAUCAGACACACAAGGAAUAGCGCAGAGUUGGUAGAACUUCACUGUGACUGUUGGUACGCCUGUGUCCCGGGUAUCUGAGGCUGCUGUUUGGUGUUCCCGGAUUGUAUCGCGUGAAAAGGGAAAAAUUAUAUUAUUACUUUACAAUUCUUCUCUUUUAAAACGUGAAAUGUUCAUCUAUGUUUCCCAUAAGAGUUGGGUACACUUUAACUCACUGUGUGGUAUUAUGUAGAUUCGUAUUCUGAAGCACACCACUACCAUACUUUCGAAGUGUCUUAGUAGGUAUUAAAUUACAUGGGUUUUUAAGGAUGUUUCUAUGAUUGUAGUAGAAGAUUAAUUAUAUUAUACAUUAUCAACAGAAGAAACACUCUUGAUAACGCAGCU